AUGGAUUAUUUAACUGAAAGAAGAAUAUCGCAAGCUGAAAUGGAAAGGCGUUAUACUUGGCUACAAAAAGCUAGAAUGAGCAUCUUAUCGACAAAAGAUCGUUGCCGUAUCAUUCAUGAGGUUCGUUUCCCUGAUAAUUUCAACGGUCUUUACAGCGCACGUUUCUCUGAAAAUGGUGAGGUCAUGAUAACGUGUUUUGGAACAGGCGGUAUUCAAAUUCGAAGCGGUGAAACUGCACAAUUGAAAGCGACAUUAAGAGGCGGUAUGGAAACUUCGUUUCCAAUUAUGUGCUGUAGAUUUCAUCCGAGAAGAAAGAAUAUUUUUUAUACGUCUGGCGCAUGCGGUAAUAUUUUUCAAUGUACGACGGACAAAAACGAAAUUAACAAAUUUAUUUUAGAACCGAAGAACGAAGUAAAUACGAUAGACAUUAAUGCCAGUGGAGAAUAUUUAGUUAGUGGUGGCAAAGAUGCAGCUGUUAGAAUUUAUGACUCUGAAACUGCAAAGCUUAUAAUGACGUAUCAAAAAACUGAGUCAGACUUGUUGCACGAUAAAGUUACGAGAUAUCAUCGUAUGAGAAUAUUUGCUGCGAGGUUUCAUCAUAUUUAUUCGGAUUUAAUUAUUACCGGAGGCUGGGAUGAUACAGUUAGAAUUUGGGAUAUCAGAGAAGGCGGUGGAUCCAUUAGAACGAUCAAAGGACCCCACAUCUGUGGCGAUGCGAUUGAUUUUCGAGAAACAUAUAUUUUGACGGGUUCUUGGGUCGUUCGUGAAAGUCUCCAAAUUUGGGAUUUGAUGAGUGCUAAAUUAAUCGAGACAAUAAAACCACGAAACAGACCUACCACCUUAGAGGGUGAAUUUCUUUAUACCGUACAGUACUUUGAUGGAGAUCCUUAUGGCGAACAUAUACUUGCUGGUGGUUCUGGUACCGGUGCUGUAGAAGUGAUUAAUAUAAAGGAACAAAAGGUAGCAGAUAGUUUCAAAGUAAAUAAACCAAUCGUUGCGUUGGACAGCAAUGGAACUACGAUUGUCUACGGAGGUAUGGAAUCUGUAAUUAGGCUUGGUAAUUAUAGUUAA